AUGAUCUCUUCAUUCAGGCAACGCAUUAUCACUUGGUUAAUCCUAAUCAUUAUAAUACUCUACAUCCUUUACUCUUCCAAUCUUCUUUUAUUAACCAAAGAAAAACGACAUUGUUCCACUGCCGUUAGUUUGAAUGCAGCCACUGAUGAACAACUUGAGAGGAUUGGUACUGGUAAUAUAUCAACAAGUACAUCAAUCAGUGAAAGUGGAGUUUCCCUCGAGAGAAAAUUGGUCAAAAAAAGAAAGGAGGAACAAGAACAAGAGGAGGAAGAGUUGUCCGUUGAUGAGUUAUCUCAAAGACAAGAUACGGAGAUUAAACACAUUGUUUUCGGGAUAGCAGCUUCAACAAAUUUGUGGGAGAUAAGAAAAAAAUACAUCAAGGUUUGGUGGAAGCCUAAGGAAACAAGAGGGGUAGUGUGGCUGGAUAAAAGCGUGAACAUACAAGCUGAUGAUGAAUUACCAGAGAUUCGAAUUUCUGGAGACACAACAAAAUUUAAGUAUACAAAUAGCCAGGGGCAGAGAUCUGCUUUAAGGAUAUCAAGGGUGGUGGCAGAGACAUUGAAACUUGGGUUGGAAGAUGUGAGAUGGUUCAUGAUGGGAGAUGAUGACACUGUUUUUAUAGUUGAUAAUGUGGUCAGAGUUCUUUCUAAGUAUGAUCAUAAUCAAUUUUAUUAUGUCGGAAGCUCCUCGGAGAGUCAUGUUCAGAACAUACAUUUCUCUUAUGGUAUGGCUUAUGGUGGUGGAGGAUUUGCUAUAAGCUACCCUUUGGCUAAGGAGCUUGCAAGGAUGCAGGAUAGUUGUAUUCAACAUUACCCUGCUUUGUAUGGUAGUGACGAUAGAAUGCAAGCUUGCAUGGCUGAGCUAGGUGUUCCAUUAACCAAGGAAACAGGGUUUCAUCAGUAUGAUGUGUAUGGGGAUCUAUUAGGCCUUCUAGGAGCACAUCCAGUGGCACCACUAGUGUCAUUGCACCACCUCGAUGUAGUGCAACCGAUAUUUCCAAAGAUGGACAGAGAACAAUCUCUACUGCAUUUAAUGAAAUCUGUGAAGCAAGAUUCAGGUAGCAUAAUGCAACAAUCAAUUUGCUAUGAACAAAAAAGAUAUUGGUCCAUCUCUGUUUCAUGGGGUUAUGUGGUUCAAAUUUUAAGGGGAGUACUGUCCCCUAGAGAGUUAGAGAUGCCAACAAGAACCUUUCUCAAUUGGUAUCGAAGAGCUGACUACACUGCAUAUGCAUUCAACACAAGGCCAGUAACUAAACACCCUUGUCAGAAAGCGUUCAUUUUCUAUAUGAACAGAACUCGAUAUGAUCCAGUUAAGAAGCAAAUUAUUGGUACUUACUAUCGUUACAAAUCUAAACCUCCAUUAUGCCGAUGGAAAAUGGACUCACCAGAGGAAAUUGAUUCCGUUAUAGUUUCAAAAAGACCAGACCCACUUCGUUGGCAAAGGUCACCAAGGAGGGAUUGUUGUAGAGUUUUACGUUACUCGCGCAAGGGAUCAACUAUGUACAUAUGGGUUGGCAACUGUCGAAAGGGAGAGGUUAGUGAGUUGGUCCCUCAAGAUGGAAGUUGA